AUGGCUGACGACGACGAUUAUGAGGUCGAUAUGGAUGGAGAUGAGUUCGGAGAUGAGGAGCAAAUGGACGAUUUGGAUCUCGAGCCCGCCGACGACGAGGCAGAACGGAUUCCGGUUGUCGAAGAGGGGGAGAAGACAGCGUCAGCUGAACGUGUUACAACUCCGUUCAUGACGAAAUACGAACGAGCGCGAAUUCUCGGUACAAGAGCACUACAGAUUGCUAUGGGCGCACCAGUUAUGGUCGAAUUGGAAGGUGAAACUGAUCCACUCGAAAUUGCACGCAAAGAACUGAAACAUCAAAAAAUACCGCUGAUUGUAAGAAGAUAUCUCCCGGAUGGUUCAUUUGAGGACUGGAGUGUCGAUGAACUAGAUGUAACCGAUUGGUGA